AUGCCCCGAUACGCAGAAGACCACGAGCGCUACGAUGACAGCAACCGCGCAUUCCUCCAAGCCUUCAUGGCGCGGUCCACCAUGACCUUUCCAGAAGCAAAGCCGGUCCUGGCUGCGAUAUUUUCUGUCAGAGACGACGAACAAGUCUCACCCGAAGACAUAACAGAAGACGACCUCCAAACCUACAUCGCAGCCGCCAACAGCGCCAUAUCCCCCUUCGACCUCGAAAUCCGGAGCAUACUACCCCAGAUUGAGAUCAACAACAAUGACCCCGACGCACCCCCUCCCCCUGCUCCGGAACGAGUCUACGCCCUCGUCAACACAACCAGCGACGCCCUGACCCAGCUCGCGACCACCUACUCCGCCGACGAGAUCGCGUUCGUGAAGCGCAUCCUCGACGCCAUGUUCGACACAUACAACACCCGCCGCCAGGAAGCAAUGGUCAUAAGUAGUAUGCAGGCGCUGCAGCUAGCCAAGGCAGGUGCAGGGGAUGCAAAUCGACGGGAAUCAGGGACACAACAGCAGCAAGCGACGCAGGGAGGCGCAGCGCAGUCGUUAACGAUGACGCAGGCGGAGACGAUGCUGAAGCAGCUUGUCGAGCAGGGGUGGUUUGAGAAGAGUAGGAAGGGGUAUUAUCGGUUGAGUCCGCGGGGGUUGAUGGAGUUGAGGGGGUGGUUGGUGGCGGCGUAUAAUGAUGAGGGGAUUAGGAAGAUUAAGUUCUGUGCCGCGUGUCGGGAUAUUAUUACUGCGGGCCAACGAUGCGGCGACCGCGAUUGUACUGGACGAUUGCAUGAUCACUGCAUGCGGAAUUUCUUUCGUAUGCAAAAGUCCGAGAGUUGUCCUGUGUGCAAGAGUGCCUGGCCGGGUGAUAGGUUUGUUGGUGAGCGCGCUAUCACUAUGUCUGAUCCGGCUGCGCAGAGGGCUAGACGCUCGGCUGCGAAUACUCAGCAGGUGGAGGCUGGGCCUAGCACGCAGUUCACGUUGCCGGAAUUGGAUGUUGAAGAUGAAGCGGAUGGUGGUGAGGAAGAGGCUGGGGGUGAUUGA